UUGUUUCCGGCGCGAUGGCGGAGCUCACAGCUGCUCUGGACCUGAACCCGACCCUGAACCCGGCCGACCCCGCGCUGGCAGACCUGCAGGACGAGAAGGCAGAGGUGGAUGUUACGAACUUGCAUUUGGGAGAACUGGAUCUCACCACAGAUGAGUUUAUCCUGGACGAGGUGGACGUUCAUAUUCAAGCCAAUCUUGAGGACGACCUGGUGAAAGAGGCACUUAAAACGGGCGUGGAUCUGAGACAGUACUCCAAACAGGUGGAGGCGGAGCUGCAGAGGAUCGAGCAGGCCUCCAUCAAAGACUAUAUUAAAGAGAGUCAGAACAUUGCUUCUCUCCACAACCAGAUCACCGCCUGUGACUCCAUCCUAGAGAGGAUGGAGGGCAUGCUGAGUGGCUUCCAGACUGACCUGUCGUCCAUCAGCAGUGAGAUCCAGAGUCUCCAGCAGCAGUCUGUUAGCAUGAACGUGCGGCUGAAGAACAGGCAGGCGGUGCGCAGCCACCUCAGUCAGCUGGUGGAUGAGCUGGUGGUGCCCGGAGCCAUGAUCAGCACGAUCCUGGACAGUCCGGUCACGGAGCAGGAGUUUUUAGAACAACUCCACGAACUCAACAACAAGAUCAACUUUGCCAAAGAGCUGAGCUUCAGAGAGACUCUGGCCUGUUCUGACAUCCAGGACAUCGUGGACCGGCUCAAACUCAAGGCUGUCUCUAAGAUCAGAGAGUUUAUUCUACAGAAGAUUUAUGCCUUCAGGAAGCCUAUGACCAACUAUCAGAUUCCACAGAACACGUUACUCAAAUACAGAUUUUUCUACCAGUUUCUUUUGGCCAAUGAGAGAACAGUGGCUAAAGAGAUCAGAGACGAGUAUGUGGACACCAUGAGUAAAAUCUACUUCAGCUACUUCAAGUCCUACAGCAGCAGACUGCUCAAAGUACAGUACGAAGAAGUGGCAGACAAGGAUGACCUGAUGGGAGUGGAGGACACAGCAAAGAAAGGUUUCUUCUCCAAACCUUCUCUCAAGAGCAGAAACACCAUCUUCACUUUGGGCCAGAGGGGGGCGAUACUGAGCCCCGCAGAGCUGGAGGGGCCCAUCCUCGUCCCACACACGGCCCAGAGAGGAGACUGCCGGUAUCCUUACGAGACGCUGUUCCGGAGUCAGCACUUCGCUCUCCUGGACAAUGGCUGCCGUGAAUUCCUGUUUCUCUGUGAUUUCUUCAUGGUCACUGGAAACUCCGCCCUCGACCUGUUCAACUGCAUCAUGGGAAAAACACUGGCCAUGUUCCUGAAAAGCAUGUCCACGUAUGUGUCUGACUGCUAUGACAGCAUCGCCAUCUUCCUCUGUAUCCACAUCAUUCUGCGCUUCAGAGCCAUCACUGCCAAGAGGAACAUUCCUGCCCUGGACAAGUACUGGGAGGCUGUGCUGGAGCUGCUUUGGCCUCGCUUUGAGCUCAUUCUGGAGAUGAACAUUCACAGCAUCAGAAGUACAGACCCUCAGAGACUGGGGCUCCUGGACACACGGCCGCACUAUAUUACACGUCGUUAUGCUGAGUUCUCCUCUGCCAUCGUCAGCAUCAACCAGACCUUCCCCAACGAGAGGACGAUCGCCCUGCUGGGACAGCUUCAGGUGGAGGUGGAGAACUUUGUGCUGAAAAUGGCUGCAGAGUUUCCCUCAAGACGAGACCAGCUCAUUUUCCUCAUCAACAAUUAUGACAUGAUGCUCAGUGUGCUAAUGGAGAGGGCAGCAGACGACAGCAAAGAGGUGGAGGGCUUUCAGCAGCUGCUUUUGGCCAGAACACAGGAGUUCAUUGAGGAGAUCCUGUCGGCUCCAUUCGGGGGGAUGAUCUCUUUUGUGAAGGAGGCCGAGGUGCUGAUGGAGAAAGGGCAGCUGGACCGACUCAAGAAUGAUGAGGCCCGGAUCACCCAGCUGGUGCGGGGGUUCUCCUCCACCUGGAAACAGUCGGUGGAGGCCAUGAGUCAGGAGGUCAUGAGGUCCUUUACCAACUUCAAGAAUGGCACCAGCAUCAUCCAGGGUGCUCUGACCCAGCUGAUCCAGUACUACCACGGCUUCCAUAAGAUCCUGAACCAGCCCACUUUCAGAGCUUUGACCGUCCGCUCCGAACUCAUCAACCUGCACCACCUCAUGGUCGAGGUCAAGAAGCACAAGCCCAACUUCUGAGCUGAGCCAAAGGAACGCUGGAGACGGAGAAAAGACGGAGAAGAGAUGGAGAGGAGAGGCGCAAGAAAAAAAAUCUUCUAUGGCGGACAAUAAAGGAUUAUCUUAACCUUAAACCAGGGCCCGGCCUAAAACUAAACCAAACUGGGGAGAGAGAGAAUGAGGCGGAAAGAGAAAGAGACUUAAAGAUGCAUUCUGUCACUUUUCUGGUGGGGAU